UGAAACUGUUUCGCUGUCGAAUUAGCGAAAUCUUUUCUCCAAUCGAUUAGUUCCGUCUGUUUAAUGUCGGCUUUUGACUUACAAUGGAUUCGAAAUGCAAAUAUCGCUGCUGUGUACCCCGCUGUCCGUCGAAAUACUACCGGUACGAGGGUGGCAACGUUAAAUUCUUUCGUCUACCCAACCCUCUACGACUGCAGGAUGUACACACCAAAAGGCUGGCACAAAUGCGUUUGAAUGCUUGGAGAAAUGUUAUCACAGCGAACGUGUCUGUAAAUGCAAGGAUCUGCGGUCGACAUUUCGUGAAAGGAUCACCUGCACCUUUAACAGAUACUGCCAAUGUUGAUUGGAUACCAAAUUUGUCUCUGACUAACGACAGGAUUAAUGGAUAUUGUUUAUCGUGGAUGGUCGGAUUACUCGAGAAAGACGAAAUUUCAAAUUCCAAUCAGGCUCUAGAAGACAAUUCAGCGAACGUUAGAAAAUAUACCGAGACAGAAGAAGAUGACAAAACUCUCGAAGAUGCGAACCGUGGUUGUGACAAUGAAUCGCCUUUACUCUGCUCGGAAAACUUCAAUGAUCCUGUCGACAGUAUGGAAUGGGCCCAUGACUCUAACCAUAGUAGCGAAUCACCUGAGUCUUUGGUUGAGAUUAAACAGGAAAUUGAAAUCGAUGUCGAGGAUAUUGAAAUGUCCAACGAAGAAGAAGAUAUGGAAGAUCCCAUUGCCUGUGAUCGAGUUGAUGCAAGCGACAGUCGCAUUGAAGCGGCAAACGAUGGGGAAGAUUCUAAAGAUUCAGAAGAGACCCUAUCAGCCGAUGAAACAGCUCAACAUAUUUCCGAUCACGCAUACUAUCAGAAGAAGAGCGAAGCAAUUCCCAGUGUGGUGAAACGCCAAAAAGUAGAAAAAACGGUGCGACCGCAAAAUGUUCUAGGAUUACUACGAACGCAAAAGUCGCUACAUCUCUGUCUGGAAUGUGGUGAACGAUUUAAGUCGAUGUUUACAUAUCUAAAACAUCUCAAAACACAUACGCGUUUUAGGGAGAAUCACUUGAGCUGCCAAUACUGCGCGCAAAAGUUUCCCCUCGAUCGUGAUCUCCACAAUCACCUAAUGUGCCAUACCAAACUGGAAGCAUUCACGUGUUGUGUCUGUCAGAUUAAAGUGUACUCUGCUGGCCAAUACUUCAAUCACUUAGACAUACAUCGUCUACCGAAUGUCUACUAUAAAUGCAAUAUUUGUACGUUGAGAUUCUCCAGCUGCAAGCAACUCGAUUCCCACAUGCUCAUCGAUCAUCCACGGCAGAAGUUGAUAGAAAAGAGUUUCGCUCGAACCGUGUACAUUUGUUUUCUCUGUGGUUGGGUCGAGCGAUCGUGGGAUUUCCUAACGCUCCAUAUGCGCACACAUCCGGGACCAUUCCAGUGUCGACACUGUCCGAGCAAACUGGAGACCAGCGGAAGAUUUGCCCGCCACAUAUCCACGAUUCACAACGAUCGCGGAGAGCUAACCUACUACCAGUGUUCGAAUGGAUCCUGCAAGCAAGAAUUUGUUUCGGCGAUGCAACUGCAAACUCACGAGGACUUCUGUUUGCCGAAGGGCGGCGAGUACAAGUGUGAAAUCUGUUCACAGAAUUAUCGCGAACUGGAUCACUUGGCUAGUCACAUCCGACUGCACGAGAUUCUGUCCAACGAGACAGGGAACCGGUGUUGUCCUGAAUGUGGUUCGAAGCCCAUCAAUCCGGCUGCCUACGCACAGCACCUGGUAGAAAAACAUGGCUACCGUGAUACGGUCGCCGCUGUGGAGAAAUAUUACCUAAAGGCAUCGAACAUGCUGCAACUACCGUACGGAGCCGUAGCAGCAGCUAGUGGUAAAGUGGCUAGUGCUAAAGCGGCUUCCAAAAAGAGCACGAGCUGAAGGGUAACGAAACGUGAAUUUCGGUUAGCUACCGAUGUUUCUAGCUUUGUGUAAAUACUGUUCAAAGUAAGAUAAUCUUAUUGUACAAUACGGAAAAGUCGA